UUGCAACUGUCCUUCGACGCGCUUCCGGCUUCCGGGCCGGAAGCGCGCGCGUGAUGGCUGUGGUCAAUGCGCCUUGCUGGGAUUCUGGCUCUUACGCUGGUGCAUGGAGAGGCAGAGGACAAUGCCACCUGCGUCGACCUGUUGACUCUGCCCCGGGAGGACUCGUCGAGCCAAUGCUACCGCGGCGAUUGCAGCUGUCAUCUCGCUGUAGAGGAGGUUGUGUGGCAAGUGCUACGCCCUCUCGAGGAUGGCUCGGCUGGUCUCGAGUACCACUCCCGCACACUCACGCCCACCUUGGGCGCGUGGAUGGAUCAGGCCGCUGCCUUUCUGGAAGGCGGAGAGCCUCUGGAUGCCGGUUUCCGGGCCAUGUGGCUGGAGCUGGCGGUUCACCCCUCAGCACUGUGCCAAAGAGCCCAGACCCUGCUGACGCAACUCUGGUCUGUGCUUGCCGCACUGGCUGCAUGCUUCGCCGCAGAGGUGCCAGAUGCCGGCGCAGGCCAGUCAGCCCUGUGCCUUGAGAAACUUCGGAUUACGCAAGCUCUUGCCCAUGACCAUGGAGGAGUUUGGAGCAGGCCCUUUUGGCUUCCCCUGGGCAAUCCGCUGAAGGACGCGGCCGAGUUUGCGGUUGCCUCGCGCGCAUCUUCAGCCACACGCUGGCAGCGCGUGUCGCCGGAGCUCAUGAGGAAUGCGUAUUUGGACUUCAACGCUAUCAUCACCGCUCUGUUCAAGGAGGUUUGGACAGAUGAGCAGACAUGGCUACAGCAAAUGGAGGAGUCCUAUUCGGCACCAGCGUCAGAUGGCUGUGACUUCACCUUCUACGCGGUGGCGAGCUUGGAGAGGUUGCAGGCUGCGGCAGAGUACCUGGCGUCUCACCAAUGGAGCUGCUUCCUUACAGGCGGCUGGAGCCGGACCUGGACUGCGUCAUCCUCCAGCAUGGCGCUGCGCUGCGCUUCUGCCUGAGGA